AUGGCGACAUCGAGAGUGGUUUGUGGAAUUUUUAGUCGUUAUAGACAGGCAACAUGUUUACAAACAACUGUAAAUCAUCAAGCCUACCGUCUCCUGUUUACAAGGCAUGUAGCACCAUGGAUGGUUCCAGUGUCACACCCUACCUCUACACAUCGCUGCUGUUACCCUAUUCAGUCACGGUGUGUAAGUCAGGACAAUACUCCUAAACCAGAAAAAGAACCCAUCGCCACUGUUACUGGAUUACCUUUAGUGGAUGAAAAGAAAGGCAUUUUAGUUUAUGAUGGACCAAUCACGAAAAAUAUAAAAUUGGUGAAGAUCUUUUCACUUUCAACAAGUGGAAUAGCUCUAGUUCUUCUGCCAUUUGUUUUACCGGACAUAGUUAAAUUACCAGCAGUACUUCAGUUUAUGUUAGGGAGUGGUGUGAGUUUCUUUAUGCUCGGAACCCCACUGAUAAUUCAUGCCUUAACAAAGCGUUAUGUGACAGACCUGUACUAUAAUAAAGACUCCAGCACUUUCACAGUGACAACGCUGACAUUUUUUUGUCGCCAAAAAGUUAGAGAAUUUACACAAGAAGAUGUCACAUUUCCCAAUUUGACAACAAUGUUUUGUUUUCUGAAAGUGAAAGGAGCUCCAUUGAUGUUUUUCCCAUCCAACUUCAGAAGUAAAGAAGGUUAUAUUAAACUUAUGGGUUAUGAUAAACCAAUGGACUUCAGUGAUAUUGAAGGUUUUGGAGAAAGUCCCGAAAAAAAGGAUGAAAAAUAAAGCAAAAAAUCAUU